AUGAAAACCUUCGCGCGGUUAAUACUUCUGUUGCUGGCCCUGCUGCAUCUCGCGAAGAGUCAAUUUAGCAAAGACGGAGGAAGGGGAGGCAUACACAUCAGGCAGUACCACGUGGGGGAAAAAUGCUUCAUUCGUGUCUCCACCCCCAAUAAGCGUUACCGAUUUGGAAAAAACAGCAGAGUUGUAAAAAAAUUCAAGACAAGUUUUAGCAGAAAGGAUGUCCAAAAUGUGCUGAGAAAAAUUCCACAGAUAAAUUAUCCCCUUCUGUCUUCCCCAUUGGGAGUACUACUUCGUCUGAGUAACGUCUUCUCAUUCAUGUUAACUCUGAACGCCCUUAAGUUGAUAAGGAGUGAACAUAGGACUGCUCUAACUGAAAUAACUGAUAACAUAUGCUCGAAGAUAUUUUUGCUAAAUGCGAUAAAUGACGUAGUUAGGAAAAUACCUGAGGAGGCCCCUCAGUUAGGUAAAAUUUCCCUUUUUUGCGUCGCCCAAUUUUUUACGCAGAUUUUUUUUUCCCGCGUAACUGCGUAUUUGUUUUAUGCAAAGUGGGGGAGGGGUGUCAUAACGGGCCGGGGAGAUAAAGAACGAGUGCAGGUGGAAAAAGAUGGUCAGGGGGAACACCACUUGGAUGGGGAAGGGGACCGCGUUGCGUCAACCGCAGGGGUAACCGCCGAAGAAGAGCAGGAAACAAGGAACCCCACAAUAACAACUGAUCUGAAUUGCCGAAAAAUAACCAACAAUGAGGAAGAAGCAGGAAGGGAACAAAAAAUAAACAUGCUACAACACAUGUGCGUGCUAAACCAGUCCGGACUGAUACCAAUGUUUGUUUACAACAACCUUUUGAAAAUGCUCCACUGGGAAGAGAAAAACAUCUCCCUGUUUGUUAACUGUUAUGUGCUAAUUAGCGGCAUUCUAACGAAACUUUAUGUAAAAUUUUUUGUAAAGAAAAAAAAAAAAGAAGAAAUAUCAAGUGAUGAGAUGAAGAGCAUUUGUCUAUCGUCCAUGUUCAGUUCCAUUUUGAGGAAUUCCUAUUUUUACUUCCUUUGCACUUCGAUUUUUUUCAAAAUUUUUGCCAAAGCUAAUGCAUUUUAUGAGCAGUCUAUCAAACAGGCAACGACUAUGUUCAACACCAUGUUGACUCCAUCUGUGUAUGUAAUCCUGUCGAAUAUUUUGUAUGAAGGAAUUAAAUUUCCUUCUCCUGUAUCUUUCAAAGAUCUUCUAUUCGUGUUGCAAAAUAAGUAUCUUUUGUUUCCUUCCCUCAUUUGGGCCAUGCUGCACGUGAGCAGUCGCUACGGAGUUUUUAAGUUUGACAAAAACUUACAGCUCUAUUUCUUAAUCCAAGCCAUGACCCCCCCAAGCUACAACCUCUUCCUUUUGGCGAAAAAUUAUGGAGAACCAAAUAGCAUUAGGAAGAUCCUCAGCGUGUCUUACCCCCUUUAUCUCGUAGCCUUAUACUUUUAUGCCUUAGGCCUGUUUAGUUAUUUUAGGAAUUGA